AGACUGAUAGACACUAUGCGCCCGUCAUAGCCGUCCGUAUGUUUAGUGUUUACUAGCAAAACGGACAAUAAAUAUGUUUCGAAAACUUUUCGUUGUGGAGAUUGUUUUAAGGACUUCGCAAAUAUCUAUAUUAUUUGAUUAAAUUUGGCUACGUUUUUAUGGAUGACGAUGGCGAGAUUACCGACUAACUCUCGCAUUCAUUGCUAUUUUGGAUGUGAAGAAGGAGGUACUUUACAUCAUUUUCCUAAGCCAGACUGUCAUAAGGAAAGGUUUGAUGCCUGGAAAGAAGUUUUACACGAUGCUAUUAAAAUGAAAGGAGAUACGUACAUCUACAACCAAAUAAGAUUAUGUAAUAAACAUUUUGAGAAAUACUACAUAGGUAAUGGAAAAAUAUUAACGAGAAAUGCAGUGCCAACCUUGUACACCAGCCUUAUCCCAUCAGGUGAGGCCUGUGAUACUGAUAAUGAUGCACCUUCCCAAGAAUAUAGUCCGCCGUUUUUAACAGAAUACCAAGAUGAAUUGCCAAGUUCGAUUACUAGCAAAAGCGGCAAUGAUGGUUUCGUCGAAAACGACGAUAAUAGCGCAGAUAAAGAAUCACAAUCUUUAAAACAAAGUACAAUCAUCUUAAAUAAAAUCAAAUGUGUACCUGAAACUUCAAUUAAUGAAAAUAGAGAAACUUGUGAGAUUCGAAUUGAAUGGGCAGAAGACAGUAAUCCAAAGAGGAAUAAAGUGGAAGAAUCGUGUGAGAGUGUUACAGAUGAAAAAUGCAGCCACUGCGUUUUAGAUAAGGAAAUGGAUAAAACAAAUAAUUAUUUAAGAAAUUUACUUAUAGGAGAGCUUAAGUCAUUGCCUCCAUGUAUGAGAUCACACGCUUACAUUAACAUAUUGAACUAUGUCGACAAACUUAAACAAUGCAACGUUUUACCAACAGAGUGUGAAGACCCUGCUGAUCUAUUGCUGAUUUUUGACAAAUUAUUUGAUUCCUUUAACGGCCACUCAUACCGUGAUACAGCAAAAAUUCUCAAGGGAUGUCUUAAAAAUAGCUCACCUCAUUUCCAGUUCUGACAGAAAUUAAACCUGUAUUAAAUUCAAUAGAAUUUGAUAAAAAUGUAAAAAAUCAGGAUGGGUCUCAAACUGUUAAAUGUGAGAAUAUGAACACUUUUAUUGAAAUGUGGCAA